CGCUCAGCCUGGGCACAUCCUCCCGCCGCCCGCGCACCUCUCCGCACAGUCCCCGCUUCGCGGCUCGGGCCCCGGCUGCCCUCGGCUCCCUCAGGAGUCGGCCUCGCGCCUCUCGACCCCCGCCCCGCCGGCAGGACAGGGAAGAGCCCAUGGCUGGGCCCCCCACCCGCACUGUCCCCAUGCUGUUCCUGGCCCUCCUGGUGCUCCUGGAACUGAGCCCAGCAGUCUCCCUGGGACCCGGAACCCCUGUUGGGAACCUCCCUGAGAAUCACAUCAGCCUCCCAGGCCCAGCACUGUGGACGCCUCAAGCCAGCCACCACCGCCAGCGGGGCCCGGGCAAGAAGGAAUGGGGCCCAGGCAUGCCUGGCCGGGCCCAGGGUGGGGCCAUGGUCACCGCCACCAGGCAGACCUCUAGGCUGCCAGGGACAAGGGAGCUGCUGCCUGGGCAGAGUCCUGCAGGCCUGCUGCAGGACAAGGACCUGUUCCUGGGGCUGGCACUGCCCUACCCUGAGAAGGAGAACCAUUCACCCUGGUCGGAAAGGGUCAAGAAACGCGGCAGGGAGCACAAGAGACGCAGGGAGAGAUCGAAACUACACAGAGGCCGAGCAUUAGUCCGAGGUCCCAGCUCCCUGAUGAAGAAGGCAGAGCUCUCUGAAGACCAGAUACCAGACACCACGAUGGAGGAAUCUUCCACCAGCCUGGCCCCCACCAUCCUCUACCUAACCACCUUUGAGGCAGCACCUGCCACAGAAGAGACCUUGAUCCUGCCUGUCACAUCCUUGUGGCCCCAGGCUCAGCCCCGGCCUGAUGGGGAGGUGAUGCCCACGCUGGACAUGGCCUUGUUCGACUGGACAGAUUAUGAAGACUUAAAACCUGAGGUCUGGCCCUCUGCAAAGAAGAAAGAGAAACACGGGGGCAAACUCUCCACUGACGGUAAUGAAACAUCACCCACGGAAGGGGAGCCGUGCGACCACCACCAGGACUGCCUGCCAGGAACCUGCUGCGACCUUCGGGAGCAUCUCUGCACGCCCCACAACCGAGGCCUGAACAACAAAUGCUUUGAUGACUGCAUGUGUGUGGAAGGGCUCCGCUGCUACGCCAAAUUCCACCGGAACCGCAGGGUCACGCGGAGGAAGGGGCGCUGCGUGGAGCCCGAGACGGCCAACGGCGACCAGGGAUCCUUCAUCAACGUCUAGCGGCCCACGCGAGGCGCCUCCCCGCCGGCCUGGGAACUGAGCGGGAGGUUUGGAGAAGCCGGGCAGUUUGCUUACAACUAGCAGUGAGUGGGGUGGGGCUCAGGUGGUGGACCAGAUGACUGAGGCUGCAGCCCCAGGCCCAGCACACGCAGCCGGGAACGGGAGCCCCGCUGCCCCUACCCAGGAGCCCAGCAGCAGCGCACCCGCACCCACCACCGCCCGGCCUCCGCCUCCCCGUGCCCCGAUGGCAAGGUCGAGAGUGCCCUCUACUGUCCGACAACAGCACUGCAACGGAUGCAAGCUUAAACACGAAGAGAUUUCUGAGAGUGGGAAAGAAAUGGAAACUGAGAGACAGGAAACCCAAGGGCAGGAGAUGAAUUCAUAACACCUCCUAUGUACCACGCACUGUGCUAAACGCAUGGCUGUGGUGUAUGUUUCUCAUUUACUUAUCACAAUGACCUUUUAGGGUAGGCGUUAUCACCAUUUUACAGGUGAGGAAACUGAGGCAGGGUUCGUUAUAUGACUUGUCCAAGGUCCCAGAUCAAUGUUUCUCAAAACCUUAACCUGUGUAAGAAUCCCUUGGAUCUGGUUAAAAGGCAGAUGCCGUCUCAGUUGCUUCUGCAUUUCUAACAAGCUCCUGGGGCACGCCGAUUCUGCUUGUGGGGCCCCUACUGAGAGCACCCUGGUCUAGGGAGUGAAGCCUGGAGCUGGGAUCCGAACCUGGGCCCAGCCUUUCAGGCUCCAUGGCCCACAUCCUUGCUUCUCCACAACCAAGGGCUUGUUCCAGGUUCUCUGCAACCUUCCUCAAGCGAGAGAUGUUGCCCAGUAGCUCGUUCUCUGUGGUGAAGGCUGCAAUUACUGACUGUUCUCCACGUUCCCAGGGUAAAGGUGUAUCAUCUUAACAACAAAACAAUAUGUGCAUUAAGCACCUGCUUGCUUGUAAGGCAUGAUUUGGGAGGGCUGGCCCUUGCCCUCUGGGAGUUGCUAUUGUGAGAUAAGACGCGCUUGAGGGGAUCAAUAAUGCUGUUCCUUUUGUUUCUAGGGCCCUGCUAGCACCGUCCUGGGACACGCACUUUGGAGUUGUCCUGAUAGCUUCAAACCUAGGGGUUUCUUUAGCUUUAGGGGUUCUUUAGUUCAUGCCCUUGGAGAAUGUAAUACAAGCACAGAUUCAAAAGUUAUGUGCACCCCUUUGCAUACUGUCUUAGUGGUUCCCGGCCUCCCACAGACCAUCCCUGGAGGACACCCACACACAGUCCCACACUUCUGCAACACAGCCCACUAGGGAGUUGGGGCACUUCUGAGGUUGAAGUGCUGUCUGGAGCCAACUGCUCCUGCUGCACCCCCCAAACAGGCCAGACCCAUGAUGCCCACACAGAACAUCUCUCCCAGCCAAUCUGGCUUUAGGGGCCAUCUCAGGAGAGCCUCUUAGAUCCACCCACCUGGUUCUGGUCCAGGGCAAACCAAGUUGCAAAUGACAAAAGCCUUCCCCAUUCAAAUUCCUGGCUGGCUGGACACCUGUGGAGGGACCAUGCCCACAGGAUGUCAGGGCUGUUUACUCCCCUGGGAGAAUCAGUAGGGUCAGGGGUCCGGCACCAAGGAAAGCAGAAGGAUCUCAGAUAAACCAAAUACUCUUGCUCUUUUCUCCCUGUUCAGGUUCAACGGGUGUGGGAAUCUGAGGGGUGGGGCAGGGGAACUGAAAAAGAUCAAAGUGGCUGUUUGGAAAUCAAACCGCCUGCAGUUUUGUCAGCUUGAGACCAGACAACAACACCCAGGCUUGUGAGCCUCACAGGGGGCGGCUGAUUGGAGACCCUGAUAGAACCCUGAGAAGGUGGCCACAGGCAGGGAACCCAGCACUGUUUAUGGGGUCGGGGAGGGGGGCAGCAGUUAGGAUGGCCCUGGGGCAUCAGCAAUGGAAAACAGAAGGUCAGGCAAAGCUAAAAGGCCCCCAGAGCUAUCAUUGCCUAUCAGGGGAGUUGCAUGAUUGGAAAUUCAGGACCUGUCUCUUUGCCCUAAAUACCUCUGGUUUGCAUUUGCAAAGCGGAGAGGGUAGAAUCCUCUUAAUGCAGAAGUUAGGGAUCCCAAGUCCCCCUCAGUGUUUAACAAACCUCACUGCCGGGAAGUUCUCCCUUAGGCCUAACUUCAGUUUCUUUUGCUAGUGCAGAAACCAAUCUCUUCUGAUCCAGGGUUCAGCAAACUUUUACCAUAAAAGGCCACAGAAAUAUGUUAGGCUGUGUUCCAAUAAACUAUUUAGGGACACUGAGAUUUGAAUUUGAUAUAAUUUUCACAUGUCGCAAACUACUAUUCCUCUUCUGAUUUUCUAAAACACAUUUUAAAAUGUAAAAACCCUCUUAACUUGCAGACUGCAAAAAAGCAGGCUGUGGGUUGAAUUUGGCCCAAUGGCCAGGGUUCGCGAUCCCCUGCUCUGCUCUACCUUGGCUGCACAUUAGAACAAUUUUUCAAAGAUUAACCGAUGCCUGGGCCCAGUCUCAAAGAUCCUACUUUAAUUGGUCUGGAUUCUAUCUGGGCUUUACGUGUUUUCAAAGCUGACUCUGAUGUGCAGCUGAGCCCAAGGACUCUGCCCUCAUCUGACUGUGGAACACAGCUGGUGACAAAUGGCCUGCUCCACCUCUCACCACCAUGGUGACCUUGGGAAAGUUAGUUAAGGUUUCUAUAUCUUAGUUUCUCCAUCCAUAAAAUGGGGAUAAUAACUUCCAGCAUAGGCAUGCUGCUAGAAAUAAACACAAAAUCGUUUAGAACAGUGCCUGGCACAUAUAAGCCCCCAGCAUUAGCUCCUUUAUUUUCUAGGAUAAUUUUAGUAGCUGUUCUGUUCUUUUGACAAUGGAUCCAUCACAUAUUCAAAGAUCAUUUUCAAGGUACUAUUCAGGCUCCUUGCCCAGAGGGUGUCCUCUGGAACACCGGAGCCAUGAGAUGCUCCAUUAGAAAAAAGAGGGUGGGGUUCUGUGAUCAAGAGAGGUUCGGAAAACUGCUCAGGACCCACCCCGUGGCAGCAGGUACACAUUCUGGAGACUGAGUCAGAGCUGGAAGUGGAAGUGGCUUUGCAAUAGAAGAUUCAUGAGUUCCUAAAAAUAAAACGCGGGGCAGAGCUGAGCAGGAAACCAAGUGGAAACAAUAGUGGCUGGGACAGUCGCCUGUGCCCUCCUGCAUUCCUCCUGCGAGACUCUUAUGCCAUCCCACCCCCCACGGCCCCGAUACCUGAGGUUCCCACGGGGCUGCCUUUCUGGGAUUUAUCUGGUGAUGCCACAGUGAGCCUGCUGAGAGUGGGCGGAGGGCCAGAGGUCAUGAGAGCAAAGCCUCACGGGGAAUAUGACAGCUCCGCUUAACCCUUGAGCAGUGACUGAGCCCCAGGUCAGAUCCCAGAGCCACAACUCCUUCCACCGCGGGGACGCUGCAGGAGGAUCCUUACUUUAAGCCAUAUUCAACACAUCCAAUAAACUUUAACUUUGGAAUGUUA